GUGCUGGAGCUCACAUCCAGACAAAUCAGUCGCUAAAAAAACUGACAAGUGUUAAGAAGAGGCGACAAACGGAAUAGAACUUUCACGGAUUUCGCGGAAUUUAGAUAAGAGAAAUUUUCGCACGAGUUAAAGGACUACAGAAGUCCGUUCGAUUGUGGUAUUAACGCGGUUCGCGCUAUGAAACGUUUAGUGAUUUGUUUAUUAUUGCUGGGCAUCUGCCAUGCCACGCCCACUUUGCAUAAACUGAAAGAGUUUAAGAAUUCUUUGCUCUUCGGUGGAGGUGGUGGAGGUUGCGGCGGCGGCUGUGGCGGUGGCGGUGGUGGUUACGGAGGAGGUGGAUUUGGUGGUGGCGGUGGUGGUCACGGUGGCUAUGGCACCCCCAGCAUUCAAGUGUAUGCUGUGAAACAAGUGCCCUCCUUUAGCAGCGGUGGUUAUGGUGGUGGUGGAUAUGGCGGCGGCGGAGGUGGUAGCGGCUGUGGCUCUGGCGGCUGCGGCGGCGGCAGCGGUUAUAAACCCAACUAUGGCAGUGGUGGAUUUGCACCAAGCUAUGGUGGCGGCGGUGGUAGUGGCGGCUGUGGCUCUGGUGGCUGCGGCGGCGGCGGAUAUAAACCCAACUAUGGCGGCGGUGGCUUUGGACCGAGCUAUGGUGGCAGCGGCGGCGGUGGUGGUGGCGGUUUCGGCGGCUCUUAUGCAUCCAGCAGUGCCAGUAGCUUUAGUUCCGCCAGCAGCGGUGGUUUCGGUGGCAGUGGUGGCUAUGGCGGCAAUGGCGGUUAUCCAAGUGGUGGUGGUGGUGGUUAUGGCGGUUAUCCAAGUGGUGGCGGUGGUGGUUAUGGCGGUCAUCCAGGUGGUGGUGGCGGCGGCGGUACUUGUAAUAGCUGCGGUGGUGGUGGUGGCGGUGGCAGCCCCGGUGGCUAUGGUGGUUAUGGUGGUAGCGGUGGUGGCGGUGCUUAUUCCAGUGCUCAGUCCUCGGCCAGUGCUCACUCGAGCUCAUGGGGAAAGUGAAAAAUCGCCAGUAGUGUUGAAGUUGAGUGACUAGAUUCAAAUUUUUACGAAUUAAGAUAAACGAAUAUAUUUUUGAAUAAAAAUAAAGAUUGUUUUUAAGUGAUAUGUGACAUAUUUUAGAAAAAUAAAGCAUUUUGUAUUUAUAAA